GCCGGCGGAGGGAGGAGCGGACGGGAGCGGACGGGAGCGGACGGGAGCGGGCAGGCCCAGCGCCCAGGCGGCGGCGGCGGCGAGGGCAUGGAGCCCCUGCGCGUCCUGGAGUUGUACAGCGGCAUCGGAGGCAUGCACCAGGCGCUGAGGGAAAGCUGUAUACCUGCACAAGUGGUGGCUGCCAUUGAUGUAAACACUGUCGCUAAUGAAGUAUACAAGUAUAAUUUUCCUCACACACAGUUACUGGCCAAGACAAUUGAAGGCAUUACACUAGAAGAGUUUGACAAAUUGUCUUUCAAUAUGAUUUUAAUGAGCCCUCCCUGUCAACCAUUCACCAGAAUUGGCCUACAAGGUGAUGUGACUGAUCCAAGGACAAAUAGCCUCUUAUAUAUUCUAAAUAUUCUCCCAAGAUUACAGAAACUACCAAAAUAUGUUCUUUUAGAAAAUGUCAAAGGUUUUGAAGUAUCUUCUACAAGAGACCUAUUAAUACAAACGUUAGAAAAUUGCGGUUUUCAGUACCAAGAAUUUCUAUUAUCUCCAACCUCUUUUGGCAUUCCAAAUUCAAGGCUACGGUAUUUCCUUAUUGCAAAGCUUCAGUCAGAACCAUUACCUUUUCAAGCCCCUGGUCAGGUGCUGAUGGAGUUCCCCAAAACUGAAUCUGAAAAUCCAGAAAAAAAUACAAUAGAUGCAGAAAAUAAAAUUGAAAGAAAGAAAAUUGAACCAAAUAUUUGCUUUGAUAAGGGCAGACAGUGUUCUGGAAAAGAGACCAUUCUUUUUAAGCUCGAAACUAUACAAGAACUUGACCGGAAACAUCACCAAGACAAUGAUCUCUCUGUGCAAAUGUUAAAAGAUUUUCUUGAAGAUGAUGUUGACAUGAAUCAGUAUUUUUUACCACCAAAGUCAUUGCUGAAAUACGCUCUUUUGCUAGACAUUGUUAAGCCCACUUGCCGAAGGUCCACAUGCUUUACCAAAGGUUAUGGAAGCUACGUAGAAGGGACAGGAUCUGUGUUACAGACUACAGAGGAUGUGCAGAUUGAGGAUAUCUACAAAUCCCUUACCAAUUUGUCUCAAGAGGAAAAGAUAACAAAAUUGUUAAUGCUUAAACUUCGAUAUUUCACUCCUAAAGAAAUAGCAAAUCUCCUUGGAUUUCCUUCAGAGUUCGGAUUUCCUGAGAAGAUAACAGUGAAGCAGCGUUAUCGGCUACUUGGAAAUAGUCUCAAUGUGCAUGUAGUAGCUAAACUAAUCAAAAUCCUCUAUGAAUAAUUUAAAAAUAACUCUGAAAGAUGGUCGCAUUAUUUCUUCAUAUCCAGAUGGUAAUUCUGAAAUUCUAUUUUGAAUUGAUUUUGGUGAAAUUCAACUAACCUCUCUUUAUCUCUCUUUAAAAAGAAAUUUGGAUUUAUCAUAAAAAUGCCAAUUUUUUCCCUAAAUUUGUAUUACUGUAUUUUGUAAAACAGAAAUUAUUACGUUUUUGGAGAAUGUAUUUUCAUAUGAAAUUGCUAAAUAUACAUGUAAAAUAUUCUGUUUUACUAUUAUGAUAUUAGCAAAUUUAGAACUAUGGAGAUUGAAUGUCUAUGUGAGUAUUUUAUGAAGUGUUGUGACAAGCGUAGUAUAGUGAACCUGAGAAAUUAUAUUUUUGUAUGUUAAUUAAACAAAUUGCUUUAUGAAUCCUAUCAUUUUAUUUAUUUGUUAGGUGAUUAGUUCUUCAUGCUAAUAUGAUGAUUCUAAUUCUGGCCUGUUUCAAACAUUGAAUGUUUUACUUAAUUCCAAUCUUUAAACAUUUCUUAAUUUUAUCAAAACAAGUGCAUAUAAUAUUUUAAAACAAAUACUCAUAAUUCGAUGUUGUACAACAGUCAGAAGAAAAUGUCAGAAAAAUAAUCCUACCUCUUGAUUACUUCUCCACUGGAAGCUACAGAAAAUGGAGGUAAACAUUAUCUAAUUUUAUCUUUAAUUCUACCUCCAUCUGAACCCUGAAACUUCAUUGUCCCUUCUUCAUUUGUAAAUACUUUCCUUUAGUUUACUAUCAUCAGAGCUUGCCUUUGUCUUCCUUCUCUGCUUCUUGUAAGUUAAAUUUUCCAUCAAGUUCUAAGGAAUGUAGCUUGGCAGAUUUUAGGGAGGAAACUGCCCUCUGACCCCAAUUCAUGUGACUGUUCUGUGAAUUAGCUUUUUAAACUUUUUCUUUUUCAGUAGACUUCUUGGAAUUAGGGUUUCUAAUCAAACUGUUUUGUAUAAUAAAUCCUGUCAUUUUGAUUUCAGUGACAAAAACAAGUAACAAAAAGAAGAAAAAUUAAAAGAAAUAAGACCAGAAA